UUCCAGGAGAUCUCGCACCUCAACGACCGCAAAGUGUCUCUCAAGGACAGCCACUUUGGGUACCUGCAGCAGCACCCGGAGCUGCGGUCCAUCCUCGCCGACUUCACGGCGGCCGCGCUCCUGGAGAAGCCCAUGAAGAUCUUCCCCUUCGCCGCGGAGCACUUCGCGGGCCUCGCGCAGUCGCCGGAG